AUAGCUGCAAUUCUAGAGUUGUGUCUCAGCAUGUUACAGCAGCUCUGAUACUUCAGUUUUGAUUACCGUUAGUGGUAACACUUUAUUUGAAGGGAUGUGCAUAAGACUGACAUGACACAGUCAUAAACAUGACAUAGAACCUGUCAUGAACAUGAAGGAGUCUUCAUGAAUGUUUGACUGUUGUCAUGAAGUGUCAUUCGGUAAAUAAGUGAGCCCGAUUCGGUCCAGCAGCUCAGUGAAUGUAUUGUGGGGAAUCGGCUACCUCUACGGGCCGAACCGAGCCGGGCUGCUGGAGGUGGAGUCCAAACUUUACCCAAGCUUUAGGACGGGGCGGUUCAGGGAGGAGCAGCACAGAGACUUCCUAAAAACAGGUUCCUGUCGUCUGCUCACGCACGUUGUUCUUCCUCAAGUUCUAAAACUCCAGCAAGAGCCGAACUCGUCCAGACCUGGACCCGUUUUUCACUCUGGCCGCUGAUGAACGUAUGCCUUUCCAGUCCUAGACCUCCUGGAUGGAGACGGACCGUCUGCUGACCGGGGCUGAGGACCCACACAGCGGGGACUAUGGCUCCGGCCCGGCCAGAAGUGGCGGAGAUUCGCGGGGCAGCAGGCGGAUGUCUUACUCUACUGCUGGGGACUGCUGCCGUUCGGACGGAGAUGAUGAGGACCUGUACAUCCAGCAGGCAGUUGUUUUUAUUGAAGAUGCCAUUCAUUACCGCUCCAUUAACCACCGGGUGGAUGCCGGGUCUCUUCGUCUCUAUCGAUGGUACUACUCAAGAAUAUACCAGUGGAUCUUGGGCACCAUCAUUGCAGUUGUGCUGUUACUGGCAUUUGUAGAACGUCCUUCCUCCCUGUCCAUCUCUUCAGAUCCCCGCCACCAAUCCAGCCGAUGGGAACCUCCAUGUGGUGCUCCAGAGAGCGUCGAGAUGCUCUGUCUCAUCAUCUUCUGCCUGGAUCUUGCUGUCAAAAGCUACUUGAUUGGCUGGGAGGAAUUCAGAAAGAGCAAAUGGCUAAUCAGCUACACUGUAGUCAUUUGUGUUUCUGUCCUUGACUGGGUGCUCUCUGUCAGCAUGGAGUGUGACGAGAAACUGAGAGUACGACGGCUUGUCCGGCCAUUCUUCCUUCUGCAGAACUCCCCUCUGAUGAAAAAGACACUGAAAUGCAUCAAGAGAACCCUACCUGAGAUUGCUAGUGUGAUCCUGCUGCUUUCUCUGCAUCUCUGCCUCUUCACUAUGAUCGGCAUGCUGCUGUUUGCUAAAAAUGCAGAUCAAAAGAAGAAUGGUGAGUGGGAGUUACAUUUCAAGAACCUGACCACCUCCCUGACCUCUCUGCUGGUGCUGCUCACCACAGCUAACAAUCCUGAUGUCAUGAUCCCUGCCUAUUCCCUCAACAGAUGCUACGCCAUUUUCUUUAUCACCUUCAGUAUCAUUGGAACAUACUGUCUGAUGAACUUGCUGACUGCCAUCAUCUAUAACCAGUUCAGGGGAUAUUUACUGAUGUCGGUCCAGACAUCCAUCAUUAGGAGACGGCUGGGGAUCCGAGCUGCUUUCCAUGUCCUUAGCUGUCACAGUGCACAGACAGAAGCACAAGAACUUGUGAGAGUCGAUGCUGUGCUUCAGGUGAUGUCCAGAGUCAACAUGAAGCACUUCUACAAAUCAGCCAUCACAGUGGCAUCUCAGCAGUUUGCAGAACAAGGCUACAUGGAUCGACAGCAGUUCAGGAAGAUAUUUGAUGAACUGGAUAAAGAUUGUAUCAAUGAGCAUCCUCCUUUACCUCAGUAUACAUCUGCAACGUUGCAAAAACUUCAGGUGGUCUUCAGUCACUACUACCUCACUGUCCUAGGAAACCUGGUGGCACUGGCCAAUGUCUUAUGCAUAUGUACUAUCCUGGUUCUGAACUCUGAAAAGUCAACUGAAGAGAGAGACAACUACAUCUUAGAGGUUAUCAACCUCUGCUUCAUCCUCUUCUACCUUUCUGAAAUGAGCAUCAAGAUAUUUGCCUUUGGAUGGAGGGGAUACCUGUCCUACAGGAGCAACAUUUUUGAUGGCUUCCUCACCGUUCUGUUACUGAUCCUACAGAUUGCUAUAUUCAUCACCUAUAGGCUCCCUUAUUCCCAGGAGCCUUCAUCUCGUGGUGUGAUGUCUUUGUGGGAGAUGGUUCGCCUGGUUAACAUGCUGAUUGUCUUCCGGUUCCUGCGCAUCAUUCCAGAUAUCAAGCUCAUGACUCUGGUUGCUAGCACUCUGCUGGAUCUGGUGAAAAACCUCCGAGCAUUUGCUGGGAUCCUAGUGGUGGUGUACUACGUGUUUGCUGUAUUUGGGAUCUGGCUGUUUGAGGGUGCCAUUAAACCUCCUCCACAAAUGAGUGUGUUCUCCAUGGACAACACCACAUCUAACUUCAGCAUGGCGUGUGGCACUUACGAACAGCUGGGAUACUGGCCCAACAACUUUGAUGAUUUCGCUGCAGCCGUUAUUCUGCUCUAUGAUGUCAUGAUCGUCAACAACUGGCAGGCCUUCAUGGAAGCAUACAGCAGAUACACAUCAGAGUGGUCCAAAGUGUACUUUGUGUGCUGGUGGCUCACCUCCUCUGUGAUGUGGGUCAACCUGUUUGUGGCUCUCAUUCUGGAGAACUUCAUCUACAAGUGGGACCGUAGUCACAGCUGCUCUGUUACAGAUGUGGAGAAAAUCCGAUAUGAAACUUCAGUCCAGUUCAUGUUCAAAGAACAGAUCCAAGAACCAACUGAAGAGGAAUUAGUUUGCCAGUUACACCAGCACCCUCACCUCCACCUGGAAUGGAGACACGAACAUCAGAACAUUAGGUCCUCUCUGCACUGAGGCCCUGAAGCUGCUGGUGGAGUAGGAAGGUAUUCAAGUGAAUCAACAGUAGACUUUCCCUUCAGAAGAACUAACCACAAGGAUUCAACUGGAGGUUUACUUUGAAACUCAAAACAUUAAGCGGUUAACAUUCAAGAGUUGCCAUAAAGAACUUUUGAAUGUGUAGGUUUUCCUCUCUAUAAAGAUUUGCUGUACCGAAUCUUUCAUUUACAGAAAAGUAAGCCAUAUUUUCUCUUUUUUUUAUUAAACUGGAGCCAUUUGACAACAAUACUGAACCAGGACAGAGCAGGGGAGGAUAUGGGGAUGUGGUGGAGGUUCAGAGCUGCCAUGGCCUCUUGGAUCAUUAAGACUGAGAAGCAAAGAAGCAGUAAUUCCUCCGUCAGGCGAGAAAACACCUAUUUCCGUAGAGCUCUGACUAUGUCCAAACAGCCCUAAAUACAACAUCAGUUCUCUGA